AUGCACCGGGAGCACCGAAACCGAAACACCCGGCCUACCUGCCUCCAUAAACCAGCGGCAUGUGAGCAAGAUGCGGCAGCCGACAAACACCCAGAAAUCACGAGACAGAGACGCUUACCCUCACGAAGAGCAGAGCCGGCCCGGGGCACGGCCCCGCUUCCCCCCAAGGCCGGUGGGGGUUAUCCUGGCCACGUGGGAACUGCACGCACCGGGGCGGAAGCCUCCGACCCCGGCCCGUGCCGAUCCCCUGAACUGGCAGAGGCUGCCAAAAUGGCCCAUAGACGAUACCCUUACUUGUUUUGCUACACAGAUUUGCAGAUUAUAAAUAAAUGA